GUUAAAUCUUAUGAAUGCACGUUUGCUUUAGGAGAACGUUUCUUAUUGAGGCAGUAAACUACAAGCGUGUAUGCCUGUGAAAAAGAACUUGCUUUUUCAAAUUAAAUUUUGUUUUCUUUGAUGCUUGUCUUUAUCUAUUUUACUCUGCUACUAAUAACUGAAAGAACUGAAAAAAUAAUGUAUUUCUGAAAGUCACUUGCACCCAGAAAAGAUGAUACCUCGUGUAUUUUUAUUUAAAGGAUUGGUGGAACUGUACUUCCUAUACAAAAUUUUACCGAUCUUUGAAUAUACUUGUACAUGAUUGGCUGUACUCCUACAUCUAUUGUGAUAUGUACGCUAUUUUGAAAAGCAGAACUGUUGCUAUGUUGUCAGUUUUUAUGCUAUCUGCAAUUGUUCACGAAUAUAUCGUAGCCAUUUCUCUCAGAUUUAUAUUCCCUCCUUUAUUCACAUUAUUUUACAUAGCUGGUAUUAUAUUCAUUUUUAUGACUCGAAGAAGAACCUCAAACUUCUGGAACUUUUUCCUUUGGUUUACUUUGUUGCUAGGAUAUGGACUUUUACUAGUUUUCUACUCUUUGGAAAUGUCUGCCAGGAUCAACUGCCCGAGGAUUUUAGAUUCUUGGCUAGACUAUGCAGUUCCUCGGUUUCUCCAUUGCAAUGUGAUAUCUUUCCCAGUUUAGCGUAAAAGUUUAGUUAAAAAGCUUUUUAGUAAAAAUAUAACAAUCUAACUCGACCUGUAUUCUAAAUAAAUAGAAUUCCGGACAAUCCACUGAAAAUUUAAUUUUAGAUAUAUGUUUAACAUGUAUUUGGAAAUAGAGUGCCUCUAAUUUUGGGAGACUUAUUUAAGUAAUAUUGUAAAUUAUAAAUUUUCGAAUAUGUCCAAACUUAUUUGAAUAUCAUUAAGAGUGUAUCUCACUUUCUUUAAUUAUAAACAAACUUUUAAAUCGAUGAAAUUAAGUAUGUCUUACUACUGUAGAUGUAGAAUUCUAGAAACUUUUACAGAAAUGGAAGCUUUCAGGUUUACUAAAUCUUUUUUAAAAUAUUUUAAAUCAGUUAUAUCUGAUUAAUAAUUAUUAAAGAAAGAUAAUUCAACUAAAAAAUACAUUUUCUUUAGAACCGAUUUUUUGCUAUUGGAUAAAAACUUAUUUGUCACUUUUUUUUACAAUAUGAUGAAUUUCUAAGCAAAAAAAUCUUUAUUCUAAA